AACUGUGACGUUGCUAUUUCACUUACCAUAGUAGUUUGAGUCAUUUCCACAUCUUGCGAGUCUUUCGGAACGAGUCUCCUUUGCUUGGGGCUCGCAACCACCCAAUGAUCGAUCCAGGAGAAAAGAAGCCUGGGCGGAGAGCAGAGGAGGCAGUGACCUUCAAGGAUGUGGCUGUGGUCUUCACUGAGGAGGAGCUGCGGCUGCUGGACCCUGCCCAGAGGAAGCUGUACCGAGAUGUGAUGCUUGAGAACUUCAGGAACCUGCUGUCAGUGGGGCAUCAACCAUUCCAUGGAGAUACUUUCCACUUCCUAAGGGAAGACAAGUUUUGGGUGAUGGAGACAACAAGCCAAAGAGAAGGGAAUUCUGGAGGCAAAAUCCAAACUGAGAUGCAGACUGUUCCAGAAGCAGGAACACAUGAAGAAUUUUCCUGUAAGCAAAUUUGGGAACAAAUUGCAAGUGACUUAACCAGGUCUCAAGAUUCCACUAUAAAUAACUCUCAGUUAUUUGAACAAGAUGAUGGCCCCUCCCAGAUUAAAGCAAGAAUAUCUACAGUUCAGACAAGAAAAAAACCUUUCCAGGGUGAAAAGUGUAAACAGUCCUUCAGUGAUGUUUCCAUCUUUGAUCUUCCUCAGCAAUUAUAUUCAGGAGAGAAGUCUCAUACCUGUGAUGAGUGUGGAAAAAGCUUCUGUUACAUCUCAGCCCUUCAUAUUCAUCAGAGGGUCCACAUGGGAGUGAAAUGCUAUAAGUGUGGUGUGUGUGGUAAGGAAUUUAGUCAGAGCUCACGUCUGCAAACUCAUCAAAGUGUCCACACUGGAGAGAAACCAUUCAAAUGUGAGCAGUGUGGGAAAGGCUUCAGAUGUAGAUCAGCACUUAAAGUUCAUUGCAAAUUACACAUGAGAGAGAAACCUUAUAAUUGUGAGAAAUGUGGGAAGGCCUUCAUGCACAAUUUCCAGCUUCAGAAACAUCAGAGAAUUCAUACUGGGGAGAAGCCAUUCAAAUGUGAAAUAUGUGGUAAGAGCUUCUGUCUUAGGUCAAGUCUUAAUAGGCAUUGCAUGGUCCACACAGCAGAGAAACUGUACAAAUCUGAAGAGUAUGGAAGAAGUUUCACUGAUAGGCUAGAUUUGCAUAAGCAUCAGAUGAUUCAUAUGGGACAGAAACCAUAUAAUUGUAAAGAAUGUGGGAAGAGCUUCAAAUGGUCCUCAUAUCUUUUGGUCCAUCAACGAGUCCACACUGGAGAAAAGCCAUACAAAUGUGAGGAGUGUGGGAAGGGUUACAUUAGUAAGUCAGGUCUUGACUUCCACCAUAGAACCCACACAGGAGAGAGAUCUUAUAACUGUGAUAACUGUGGGAAGAGCUUUAGACAUGCUUCUAGUAUUUUGAAUCAUAAGAAACUCCACUGCCAAAGAAAACCAUUGAAAUGUGAAGACUGUGGAAAGAGGCUUGUACACCGGUCAUACUGUAAAGACCAACAAAGAGACCACAGUGGAGAAAACCCAUCCAAAUGUGAGGACUGUGGGAGGCGCUACAAGAGGCGCUUGAAUCUGGAUAUAAUUUUAUCAUUAUUUUUAAAUGACAUAUAAGUUAUACAUAUUUAUGGAGUGUGAAAUUUGAUACAUGUAUAUAAUGUGUGCUGAUUAAAUCAGUUUAAUUUGUGUAUCACCUGAAACAUGAUUUAUGUUGGAAAAAAUUGAAAAUCUGUUUUUUGGAUUUGAAAACAAGUUACUGUUGAUUAUAGUCACCUUUAGUGCUGUAGAACAUUUGAAGUAGUGAGGAGUUUGUUUGUUUGUUUGUUUUGAGACGGAGUAUCGUUCUAUCGCCCAGGCUGGAGUGCAGUGGCACGAUCUUGGCUCACUGCAAGCUCCGUCUCCCAUGUUCAGGCCAUUCUCCUGCCUCAGCCUCCUGAGUAGCUGGGACUACAGGCACCCGCCACCACGCCCAGCUAAUUUUUUGUAUUUUUUAGUAGAGACGGGGUUUCACUGUGUUAGCCAGGAUGGUCUUGAUCUCCUGACCUCGUGAUCCGCCCGCCUUGGCCUCCCAAAGUGCUGAGUAGUGCGGAGUUUUGAAUAAAGUUACAGGAUCAAGGGCCAGGGUGACAGAGAGAUGAAAAGAGAGGGAGAGAGAGAUUUUUCUUGGGACUGGAACAUGAACGAACUUAGUCCAGGGGAGGGGUGCAGUCCAUCCCACUGCUUGCCACGUUGAUCCCGCCUGCAAAGUCAACCUUUUCGAUUCAUCCUGCAUGGAUGUCUAUUCAGGUGACUCGGAUCAGUAAGACAGGGAAACUUUCCACCCAUUCCUCUUGGAUGUCUAUUCAGGCAACACAAGCCAGUAAGGAUUAGGAAAGGAGAGGCAAAGCACCCUGAGUAAGAAAGAAGAUAGGAAGAGGAAAAGAGAGAAACAAAAAAGGGAAGGGAUUGACUGGGCAUGGUGGCUCAUUCCUGUAAUCCCAGCACUUUGAGAGGCCAAAGUGGGCAGAUUGCUUGAGUCUAGGAGUUCAAGACCAGCCUGGGCAACAUGAGGAAACCCUGUCUCUAAAAAAAUACAAAAAGUAGCUGGGCACGGUGGCACACGCCUGUAGUAUCAGCUACUUAGGAGGUUAAGGAAGGAGGAUCACUUGAGCCUGGGAGGCAGAGGUUGCAGUGAGCUAAGAUCACAUCACUGCACUCUAGCCUGGGUGAGUGAGACCCUGUCUCAAAAGAAAAAAAAAAAAAGAAAAUCAUUGGCUGGUAGGGUGAGUGGCCCCAAUCCCUGUUGGACUGAACAAAGGAGGACGAACGCGAGAAUAAAGAUAAAGACAAAAGAGUAUAUUUGGAAGAAGGGGUCAGGAGGCUCCUUGCUUCUAGUGAACAAGGGCCCUGAGCUUCUAGCUCUCUUUGUAUUUAUUGAGCAAAGGAGAUAGAAGGAAGUGGUUGUCAGUCAGCUGCUUGACUCGGUGCAGGCCUGCAUGACUGCAUUCUCUGAACAGUAGUCUCCAGAUAUUUUAGUAGAUAACCUCAAGGAGCACAGCACCAGGGAGUGAUUGAACUCAGCAUACCUUCUGGUGGCAGGUGCAGAUAUGAGUUUGCCCACGUCCUGCAUUCAUGAUAAACAGUGUGUUGUUUGAUCAUAUAGCCUCACUGGAAUGCUGAGUUGGUCACGAUCCUCCAGCUUUCAGCUCUCUAUAGUAGAGGCAGAGGCAAGGUCCAUGAGGCUGGAGAAAGCCACCCGUUGUGGUAACACUGAAUCAGAAGUUCAGUCAGGUGAUUUUCAAUCAUGAAGAAAUCUUGUCCAGCAGUCCUGUCAGCUCACAUGUCUCCCGCUCAGGGAGAGAAAGGUCCCCCAUGUCCCAUGAUCCUAGACAAAUCCCCAAAGAAUAUGCCACCAACCACAGGUUCCUGGGCUCUCUGCAAUAGAAAUUGAAAUGAGACUGAAAGCGUUUUCCCAGACAAGCCUUCAUUGGAGCUCAUGCCCGGACAUAAGGAAGGCAGCACAGAAGAGAAUUUCCUGACUCCCUUCAAAGAGCUCAUGGGAUUGUUUAUUUGGCAAAGCGUGGGAAUUAACAUCAGGGAUAGGGUUUGAAGGCCGGGCUGGGCAAAGCACAUGACUGGUAGGGCAUUCAGGUCAGCAUUACCUGGUUGCAAUGGUUAUCUUGUGUAAUGGGCCACCUGGUGGUCUGGGUGGUGGCAUCAAGGCUGUAAAUCAAUUGUUUUGCAUUUCAUCCUGAAGGGAGACACUCCACAACUUCGGUUAUCACCCAAGGCCAGUUCCUGGAAUUCUUAGCAGUGAGGUAGAGGUGUGGGUUUUGUGAUCAUUGGGAACGCAUGAAAGAACGCUCUAGUCGGGGUGAACUGAAGCCAAGCCCUGUCUUUACUCUGUCAAUAGAACUCAAAAGAGUUCUAUUGCAAGUGAAGGAAAGGGUGACUGGAAUCACCUAACACAGAGUCACAGCCCCAAAAUGAAAUCCAAGAUGUGUCCAGUUUACAAAUCCACAUUCAUUUACAUGAAAGGGAGGCCAAUACUGGAUGAGAAUAGACUCUACCACAUUUCAGAGUUCUCCACAGGAAACUAUGGCCAUGAACCUGUGUGACUAUGUACUAAAAAGGAGAAAUAAUCACUCUUUUUGACAAUGACUGAAUCCUUAUUGUCAAAUGGCACAUUAAUGUGAUGAUUGGACCUGGUGAGAAAAAAGUAGAAAGUAAUCUGGACAUGUUUGUAAGACACAUGCAUAUCAGAAGGAGAGAAUAAGUCCUAUAAAUAUUCAUAGGACUUCCACUUCAGUGAAAUUUCCGUGAGUUCACUGAUGCAAAACUAUUGAGAUAUUCCUUCUAGGACAGGCGUGGUGGUCAUGCCUGUAAUCCCAGCACUUUGGGAGGCCAAGGCGGGAGGAUCACUUAAGGAGUUUAAGACCAGCCUGGCCAACAUGAUGAAACCCUGUCUUUACUAAAAAUACAAAAAUUAACUGGGCAUGGUGGUGGGUGCCUGUAAUCCCAGCUGCUUGCGAACCUGAGACAGGAAAAUCGCUUGAACCCAGGAGGCAGAGAUUGCAGUGAGCCAAGAUUGCACCACUGCACUCCAGCCUCAGUGACAGAGUGAGACUGUCUCAAAAAAAUAAAGAUACUCUUUCUAAUCUAAGGGGUAGGGCAAGUAGCAUAUGAUGCUUCCUAAAACCAAAAAAAGUGUCCCAAUGCCCAGUGGCCCUGCUCAGCUUUUGGAGGCUACUUAUUCUUCAUUGUGGUGUACUACUCUGCUUUUUAUGAGUGACCUGAAAUCAUUUUGCCUCAGUUGAGACAAGGUUGUGCAAUAUGUCCCAGCUGUCAUAUAAGCUUCUCUUCCAGUAGGAUGCUAUGAUCCAGGAGAUCCACAAGUGACUGAAAUAUCAGAAACAGAUAGUGAUGUUUGGAGAGAGUGGCUGGCCACAACUGAUGAAUGAAAACACAAACACAUAGAAUUUUGUAGUGAAGCCCUGAAAUCCUCUACGUAUGUUUACUCUCUCUCUCUCUUUUUUUUUUUUUUUUUUUUU